GGCUGGGCUGAGAAUAUCAAGAGCCCCUCUCCGGCGGGUCAUGGACAGCCGACCCUGUGGUUGUCCCCUUAGCUCCCUGAGCGCAGCUGGGAAUUCUCUCCCACCCUAGCCGCUCAGCCCUUGGAAGGCCCUGGGCGCUGCGCGCUCCGUGUCCCCGCUUUGUAGCGAGACUGGCACCUCGGGGGAACCUGGAGCUUGGAGACAUUCUUGCGCCUAGCCAGUCAGAGGAGUGGGCGCAGCAGCCAAGUGGCGGCCAGACGCGUAGCUUCAGAGGUCCGGAUACGGCGACGGUGCACGGGGGCGCAGCCCGGGUGCCCAGCUCCAGCGCGGGAGGAAGUCCCUCUCACUGCGCCGAGAGCGCGAGGGACGCGCCCUGGGCGCACGCCCAGGAGGCCUCCUCCCCAGCCCUCGGGACCGUCCUUAGGGCGCGAGGAGGAGCUUGCUGGAGACUUCGAGGCUGUCCAGAGCCUGGGAGCGGGAGCGCGGCAUCUCCUGCCUCAGCUGGGAAGGGGGAGUGGCGCUGGCCGCCGGAGCUGGGCACCCAGCGAGCGCCUGACCUUCCUCCUCCUCUUCCUUACCCUUUUCGUGACUUAGGCUCUGGGAGAAAGUUCUGGCGACCAAAGGAGCCCUCCGUCCUCACGCCUUUUCCUAGAAGGCUGGUGAUGGAUCUCCUGCUUCUGCCCCUGACGGGGCACUUGGAGCGCGCUGGUGGCGCGUGAGCCGGGAACUGCCCUCCACCGGCCUCGGCGAGCCUUGGCCCGACCCCGUCUGGCAGCCUCGCCUGAGCCCCCUUGUUUUCUGCGCCCCAAAGCGUUAGCAGUUCCGAGAGCUGGAAGAGGGUGGCCCUCAGGCACAGCCCCGCCGAGAUGUCCGCGCAGAGCCUACUCCACAGCGUCUUCUCCUGCUCCUCGCCGGCCUCGGGCAGCGCGGCCUCGGCCAAGGGCUUCUCCAAGAGGAAGCUUCGCCAGACCCGCAGCCUGGACCCGGCUCUGAUCGGCGGCUGCGGGGGCGAGGCGGGCUCAGAGGGCGGCUCGCGGGGGGCCACCGGGGGCCGCGUCUGCUCCCCGCUGUCGCUGGCCGAGGGUCUCGGCUCUCGCUUGGCGUCCUCUCCGCGGGGCCCGCCUCCCCGGGUCAACCGACUCCCGUCCCCUAGACCCCUCUGCUCGUCCUUCUCCACACCCAGCACCCCGCUGGAGAAGUCACCUUCUGGCAGCUUCCACUUUGACUAUGAGGUCCCCCUUGGUCGCAGCGGCCUCAAGAAGAGCAUGGUAUGGGACCUGCCUACAGUCCUAGCCGGGCCGGGCAGCGGCCGCAGCACCAUCCUCUGCUCCUCCGGGGGAGGCCCCAACGGCAUCUUCGCUUCUCCCAGGAGGUGGCUCCAGCAAAGAAAGUUCCAGUCCGCGCCCGACAGCCACGGCCAGCCCUAUGUGGUGUGGAAGUGUGAGGGUGACUUCACGUGGAACAGUAUGUCGGGUCGCAGCGUACGGCUGAGGUCAGUCUCCAUCCAGAGCCUCUCAGAGCUGGAGCGAGCCCGGCUGCAGGAAGUGGCUUUUUAUCAGCUGCAGCAGGACUGUGACCUGAGCUGUCAGAUCACCAUUCCCAAAGAUGGACAAAAGCGAAAGAAAUCUUUGAGAAAGAAACUGGAUUCACUAGGGAAGGAGAAAAACAAAGACAGAGAGUUCAUCCCACAGGCGUUUGGAAUGCCCUUAUCCCAAGUCAUCGCAAACGACCGGGCCUAUAAACUCAAGCAGGACUCGCAGAGGGGCGAGCAGAAGGAUGCCUCCGAUUUUGUGGCUUCCCUCCUCCCAUUUGGAAAUAAAAGACAAAACAAAGAACUCUCAAGCAGUAACUCAUCUCUCAGCUCCACCUCGGAAACACCAAAUGAGUCAACGUCCCCCAGUACCCCGGAGCCGGCUCCUCGGGCCAGGAGGAGGGGUGCAAUGUCAGUGGAUUCUAUCACCGAUCUUGACGACAAUCAGUCUCGACUGCUAGAAGCGUUACAGCUCUCCUUGCCUGCCGAAGCUCAAAGCAAAAAAGAAAAAGCCAGAGAUAAGAAACUCAGUCUGAAUCCCAUUUACAGACAGGUCCCCAGGCUGGUGGACAGCUGCUGUCAACAUCUAGAAAAACAUGGCCUCCAGACAGUGGGGAUAUUCCGAGUUGGAAGCUCAAAAAAGAGAGUGAGACAAUUACGUGAGGAAUUUGACCGUGGGGUUGACGUGUCCCUGGAGGAAGAGCACAGCGUUCAUGACGUGGCUGCCUUGUUGAAGGAGUUCCUGAGGGACAUGCCGGACCCCCUUCUCACCAGGGAGCUGUACACAGCUUUCAUCAAUACUCUCUUGUUGGAGCCUGAGGAACAGCUGGGCACCUUGCAGCUCCUCAUCUACCUUCUACCUCCCUGCAACUGCGACACGCUCCACCGGCUGCUGCAGUUCCUCUCCAUCGUGGCCAGGCACGCCGAGGACAACGUCAGCAAAGACGGGCAAGAGGUCACUGGGAACAAAAUGACAUCUCUAAACUUGGCCACCAUAUUUGGACCCAACCUGCUGCACAAGCAGAAGUCGUCAGACAAGGAAUUCUCGGUCCAGAGUUCAGCCCGGGCUGAAGAGAGCACAGCCAUCAUUGCCGUGGUGCAGAAAAUGAUUGAAAAUUAUGAAGCCCUGUUCAUGGUUCCCCCGGAUCUCCAGAAUGAAGUACUGAUGAGCCUGUUAGAGACCGAUCCCGAUGUUGUGGACUAUUUACUCAGAAGAAAGGCCUCCCAAUCUUCAAGCCCUGACAUGCUGAGGUCGGAAGUUUCCUUUUCCAUGGGAGGAAGGCAUUCGUCCACAGAUUCCAACAAGGCCUCCAGCGGAGACCUCUCCCCUUAUGACAACAACUCCCCAGUGCUGUCCGAGCGCUCCCUGCUGGCUAUGCAAGAGGACGUGGCCCCGGGGGGCUCAGAGAAGCUUUACAAAGGGCCAGAGCAGUAUGUGCGGGUGGGCCACUUGCCAUCUUCGAAGUCGAGGGAGAGUUCUCCUGGACCAAGGCUUGGGAAAGACAUGGCAGAGGAGGCUUUCAAUAUCUGGGGAACUUGGCAUUCAACAUUAAAAAGUGGAUCCAAAGACCCAGGAAUGACAGGUUCCUACGGAGACAUUUUUGAAAGCAGCUCCCUCCGACCGGGGCCGUGUUCUCUUUCGCAAGGGAACCUGUCCCCAAAUUGGCCCCGGUGGCAGGGGAGCCCCAUGGAACUGGACAGCAGUGCGCAGGUCAUUGGCAGGACUCAGACCACGAGCACCAUCGCCGAGUGCAGGGCGCACGCCCCCGUGGCCCGCGUCUGCAGCACGCCCCCCAUCAAGGGCGGCGGGGGCGGGAGGCGCGCGCCAAGGCCAAGGCCGGAGCCGUGCUGGACCGAAGACCUCGCGGAGCGCGAGCCGGAGGCGGCCUGGCUGCAGAGGAGAGCCAAGCCUCUGCACCAGAGACCUGCAGAGGGUGCCAGGCGCGACAAGAGGCCUCCUCCUCCGUAUCCUGGUCCAGGGAAGCAGGCCCUAGCAUCGGCCCAGCAGCCCGCGGAGCCGCCGCUGUGGAGGCCUCAGAGGCCAGAAGGAGGCUCGGGAACAGCUUUGGAAGAGGGAAUCCAAAGAGCCGAGCGAGAGCGUCAGGCCGCCCAGCAGAAAGCGAGCAGCGCCUACCCCAGUCCCGCCAGCGAUCGGAACAGUAAGACCUUAGGGGAACCCAGCUGGCUCGACUGGCAGAGGGAGCGGUGGCAGAUCUGGGAGCUCUUAUCCACCGACAACCCCGAUGCCCUCCCGGAAACGCUGGUAUGAGAUGAGCCCUCCACGCUCAGCCCUCACGUCCCACACAGCCUUCUUCCACUCCGUAGGGGAAAAAGUGGGGUUGGACAAUUGGGCACUUACUUGUUUUUCUUCUUUUACACUUAAAAAAAAAUAAUAACACGAGAAAAGUCAGUUCACUUAAAGAUAUAGAGCACUAGGACCCUGGCCAUUUAUAAUAAGAUUCUAUUGCAUAGCCAGCCUUCAGAAAAAACAAAACCAGAAGUGGAUGCUAAUACCCAGUCUAAAAGCUAUUCACAUUGGCUCUGUAUAAGAUAAAGCUCUUGCUUUGGUAUAGCUUAAUUGUAUUUAUGUGUCUUCAGUUUUGACUCUUGUAUAUUCUGUAACAGAUUAUGUAUGAUAAUCCUAUAUGUUAUAUUCACAGAAAACAGAAGGAACACAUUUUUAAAUCACUUAUUCUAAGUAAUGAGAUUCUAUAGAGUGUUCUAGAAUACGCACAAGCAGGUUUCUGUGCUUUGGCCGUAGCUUUUUAACUGGGGACAGCCCUUUCUUCGAUGCCUGAGGAAAACACUAACAAAACAAAAUAAAACAGAAUAUGAGAAGCCAUAUUUUUCUAUAGUAGUGAGAUACGAAAAAAUAUAGUCACUGAAUGCUUUUUCAUGUUGAAUAUGUUUUAAGGAAAAUAUUAAAUUUGGUACAGUAUGGAAUAUAUUUUUAGAAUCUGUUUAGAAAGAAUUCAGAGAGAAAGGCCGUGCCUGACAAAGAAAGAAUAAUUAAGAAGUUGUCCUUCCCAUUCUAGGUCAAAUUCAAUUUUAUAUAGACCAUAUAUAAUAUAUAUUUAUAAUGUACGAUUUUUAUGUAUUUUUCAAAACUGCAAACUGGAAUCCAGCUAUAAAGUGUUUGAGGGUCAAAAGAGAGUAUUCAAGUUACAGAACAUGGUUUUUCCUUUUGCCCCAUAAUCAGUAUUAACCAGAUUAUAUGCAGUGCUUUGUGAAGUAAAUCAUAUUUGGAAAAAGAUUAAGCUCUGUAUUUACAUUGUGCCAAAGGCUGAGGAAAUGUUUUCUUUGGUAAUUUUACGUGUAGUGUAAAGUGUUCCUACCAUAGUGCAGUAGUAAAUUUGAAGUUUUUCAACUGCAGAACAAUUUUUGACCAGCGGGUGGCAAUUCGCUUCAGUAUUUUAUGAAAAUUUUUUUUCACUUCAUAAGGGAAUGUGUAUUAUAGAAAAAGAUGGUUUUUUUUUUUUUUAUAAAACAUGCUACUCUUAAUUUUCAUAUUGGCGAUGACAUUUUCAGUGGUGUUUCCUAAAUUUCUUACUUGUGCCAUAAUGAAUAAAAAGUUAAGCAAA